CUGGCUCUCCGGUACCCGGGCUGGAACACGGAGAUUUGCCCACGGAACCCCUGGCACCUAUGGACCUGUAACUGGCACAGCACCAAGCGCAUCAUGGGCACGGCUGCCUUACUGAUCCUCCUGGCAGGUGUGAGCUGGGCCCAGCGGGAAGUGGCCAUACAGCCGGGGCCCCUCUACCGGGCAGAAGGCUCUCAGAUCAGUAUCUGGUGCAAUGUGCGUGGCUACCAGGGGCCCUCGGAGCAGAACUUCCUGUGGUCCAUAUACCUGCCCACCGCCCCUGAGAAGGAGAUCCAGAUAGUCGGAACCAAUGACCCUUCCUUCUCCUACGCCAUCUACUCACAGCGAGUGCGCUCCGGGGGCAUCUACGUGGAGCGAGUGAGCGGGGACCGGGCCCUCUUACAUAUCCGCCAACUGCAGGACCAGGACACGGGCGAGUACGAAUGCCACACCCCCAACACUGACCCCUCCUAUCAUGGCAGCUACAGCGCCAAGGUCAACCUGCAAGUGAUUCCGGACACUCUGACGGUCUCGUCCCCGGCACAGACGAUCCAAAAGGUGGAGGGGGGGUCUCUGCAGGUGACCUGUGAAGUUUCCCAGAAUUCCUCCCGGCACACCCACCUGUCAGUCUCCUGGCUCCGACUGUCUGAGGGGGAGGCGACCGAGAUCAUCUCUGUGACCCAGAACUUCUCUGUGCAGCCCGGUCCCUCCUACGCCCAGAAGCACUCGGUGGGGGACGUCAGGCUGGACAAAGUGGGCGACAGCACCUUCCGCCUGACUCUGUAUAACCUGCACCCCAGCGACCAGGGCGACAUUUACUGCGAGGGCACGGAAUGGAUCCAGGAUCCGGAUGGGACUUGGUUCCCCCUGACCCAGAAACGCUCAGAAGGGACGUCAGUGACGGUACUGCCAACAGACAAGGAGUUCAACGUUCGCUUGGAGACAGAGCGUCGGACGUACAAUGGCGGCGACACGGCGACUCUCCGGUGCAUCAUUGAGGCGCAGAACCCGGGGGAUCGCUUAUUCGCGGUGUCGUGGGCAUUUAACAGCUCCCUGAUUGCCAGCCAGAGCCCCGGGGGGGUCCCAUCCCUGACGGGGGAGUAUGCCAGGCGGGAGGAUGGCGGGGAGCUGCGGGUGGGCAAGGACAGCGACAGCGUCUUCUCACUCAAGAUAUUUCGCCUUCGCCCCGAGGACAGCGGGAAAUACAACUGCCGGGUAACGGAGCGCGAGCGGGGCCCCUCCGGGGAACUCAUCGACCGGGAGAGCAAGAGGCCCAAGAACAUCCCCAUCUCUGUACUGCCCCUGAGGACGUCUCUGACAGUCACGGUGACAGCCAACUCCAGCUCGGUGCUAGAGGGGGUGCGCCUGUCUCUCAGCUGCUCGGUGGCAUCUCUCGCCGGCCCCCAGAGCCGCGUGUCGGCCUCCUGGCACCUACAGGACAAACAGGGGCGCCAGAGGGACGUGGUGCGGCAGGACCGGGAUGGAGUAACGUGGGCCGGGGAGCAGUACCGGGAGAGGCUGGGCACCGGGGGGCUGCGGCUGCUCCGGUCCGGCUCGGAUACGUUCAGCCUGGAGCUGGAGGGCAGCCAGAGAACGGACGCGGGUUCCUACGAGUGCCGGGUAGCGGAGUGGGUACCGGCCCCUGACGGAGAGUGGCAGCUGCUGGGCGAGAGAUCGGCUCAGGCCAACGUGGAUAUCCUGGCACUGGAGACCGGAUUCGCCGUGACAGCAAUCACCCGCACGCCCGGCGUAACCUACUUCGACUCAUUCGACCUGCAGUGCAUCCUGAAGCCCCACUAUCCCCCCUGGGUGGGGGUGUCGGUCACCUGGCGCUUUCAGCCCGCGGGGGGCGGAGACACGCACGACCUGGUGACCUUCAGUCGCUCCGGCGGGGUCCAAUGGGGGGAAAGGGCCGGAAGUUUCCGUGGCCGGAGUAUUGUGGAGAAGGGAGACUCCACUCACACUGUAAGGCUGAGUGUGAGUCGGGCCAGUGAUUCGGAGGCGGGCAAGUACCAGUGUGUGGCCGAGCUAUGGAGGCGGGAAACCAGCGGCACGUGGGCGCGGCUAGCUGAGAGGGCAUCCAACCUGCUGGAGAUCAGAGUCCAGCGCCCAGUGCCGCGGCUGCAGGUCACUAAGGUGACGAGGACCCUCAGUGUAGUGGAGGGGUCUCCGGUGACGCUGAGCUGCUCCAUUCGCUCCCAGAGUGGGCCGGACUCGCGCUUUGCCGUGCUGUGGUUGGUGCAGCAGCCCUCGGGGGCGGAAGGGAAGCUGAUUGGGCGCAGUGACGCGGGCACAGAGUUUGGCACCUACCCCGAGGGGGCGUCGCUGAAAGGGCGGCUGCAGUUGGGGGUCACGGCACCAGGGCAAUACGCUCUCACCCUGCAGGGGGCACGUACCGACGACAGUGGCAGCUACUACUGUCAGGUGGAGGAGUGGGCAAUGGACCCCAACCAGGCCUGGUACCGAUUGGCUGAGGAGACGUCGGGGCUGACUGAGAUCCGUGUGAGACCACCAGAUGCCAACUUGCAGCUGGAUCAGUUGCCCCGGAACGUAUCGGCCCUGGAGGGGCAGAGUGUGACCGUUACCUGCCACGUGCUGAACCGGACCCUCCCCGACUCCCGCCUGUCCCUGGAGUGGCUGUGCUGGCGGGCGGGGCAUAUGGAGAGGCGGGGCCUGGCCAGGCUGACGGUGGAUGGGGUACUGGGCUCAGUAGAGGAGGAGCCAGGCGAUGUGGCCCCGGGGCUGCCCAGUCGCGUGCAGGUAUCUCAGCCGUCCCUCGGGCUCUAUGCCCUCACCCUGCGUGGCACCGAGGUGCGGGACAGUGGCACCUACAGCUGCCUGGUACAGGAGUGGCUCCGGGACCCGCGGGGGCAGUGGUACAGGCGCACUGAGGAGCGAUCGGGGGCCACUUAUGUGAGUGUGCGCCAACCGGACCCGCAGCUGCAGUUGGACCCCUCUCUGCUCAACGUGUCGGUGAUGGAGGGCGGCCAUUUUGAUCUGGACUGCAUGGUAUCGUCGCGCUCGCGGCCGGACUCCCAGCUCGCCAUUUCCUGGUCCCUACAAGGCACAUCCCGGGGGGCGGAGCCGGAGACGCUGCUGAAUGUGGACCGUUCCGGGGUUUGGGCCCCGCUGGCGCCGCGGUGGGAGGGGCGCUUACAGCAGCUUCAGUUGUCGCCUACUCUGUUCCGCCUUCACGUGCCGCGCGUUGGCCCAGGGGAUUCUGGGAAUUACACCUGCCUGGUACAGGAGUGGCUGCUGGGACCUCGGGGCGACUGGUACCUCCUGGCCCAGGAUGAAGCUGUGAUUGGUUGGAUCAGAGUGCAGAGAAAGGAGUCCAACCUGCAGUCGACCAUCUGUGCCAACGAUGCCCUCUUCUACCUGGUCUUCUUCUACCCCUUCCCCAUCUUCGGCAUCCUCAUCAUCACCAUCCUGUUGGUGCGCUUCCGCCACCGGCCCACGGGCAAGCCUGGCGAGGGCAAGAACGGGGUCCCCCUGCUGUGGAUAAAGGAGCCCCAUCUCAACUACUCCCCAACGUGCCUGGAGCCCCCCGUGCUCAGCAUUCACCCGGGCACCAUAGACUAAGGAGCCGGGCAGAGGUUGUACCCGCUGUGCCCGUCAUUGCCCCCCAGAGGGAGGAUUCUGGAAUCUGCUUUGGGGGUAACACUGCCGGGGCCCCGUGGGCCCUAUUGUUGUACCUUUGUGUCCUGUGUGGGGGCAGUCGGACUUGCCCCGCUGGUGCCAGGGGAGACUCAAUUGGUUCCGGUUCUGGAGCUUUAGCUCCGCCCUGUUUGGAGACUCUGACCGGCCCUGCGGGUCGGAGGUCGGGCCCUUCAGCUGCAGGAAAUGACUUGGGGCCCCUGAGUGGAAUUGUGGGACUUUGUAUCGUUGGCAGGGAGGGGCAUUUGUGGCCCUCGGGUUUCUGUGUCCUGGGGCCAAACGUGGGGGCCGCGACCCAUUUGUGUAUAAUAUUUAACCCUUUCCUCGCUGAGUUGCUGCUUCCUGUGAAGUGAAAGUGUCUUUUAUAUCCCUCUGAGCCAGACCCGCCCCCUUUUUAUCUGCCCCACUUUGCCCCGCCCCCAGUAUUUCUGUAUAUAUUUUAUGCCUCUCUUGCACUGCGGGGGUAACGCCCUGGCUGGCGUCUGCCUUUCUGCCCCUCCCCUAUUGGCCCAAGUCUUCCCCUGCUCAGUGGGGCUCUCGGGGGCCCCUAUCGGUGCUAUUUCACCAGUUUUUGGGCAAAAGGAACAUUCUCAGUCGCGCGUCUUCCUGCCCCCGGGGUCCCAGUUACCUCCUGCCCCCGGGGUCCCAGUUACCUCCUGCCCCAGAGGCACCACCGAAUGUAAAGCCCCUGACUUGCCACUGGCCGGGAGUGUACAGGGGGCAUUUCUGGCCUUUAUGGUUGGUUAAGGGGUUAAGUAUUUAUACUGUCCCCCCCCCCCGUAACCUGCCCUGUGCAUGAGACCCCCCAAUACCCCCAAUACCCCCACUUUGUGAUAUGUUGCACUGAGCUUGUUUUAUAUGCUGCCUCUUCUACAGUAAAGGUUCUGCCCCCCGA